GUUGGAGUAAAUUAUUGUUAUCCUCGUUUCCAUCCGCGUCCUCAUCAUCGUCAGAUAUCUCAAAAUCAUUCCACCUGAAAGGAAAUCUGCAAAUCAUCAAACAAACAACGCGUUAUGGAUUUACGUGUCUUAUCAGUAUUUCUCGCGGGCCUGUCCUACCAUCUAGUUCUGGCUGUGGACAACUCCCAGUACUUCUCACAAUUCGUCGGCGCUGCAACCGCCACCUUUUCAGGUCCCUCUUCUCAAUCAGUUUAUUUCCCAAUCUGCACGAACUACAUCCAUGGCCUCAUUGACCCGAACACCCUACCGACCACUGCCUCCGUCCAGAUCUUUCAAGAACAGGUUGAUGGGGUGUGUCAGAUCUGUAGCAAAUUGGACAUGACCCGCAUCGACUCGUGCUGUGCACAAGCUACUUCGAGUGCAUGCUUUCAGAAUUUCGAUGCUGCUGCUGCUACGACUACUGCUGAUGGACACAGUGCUGCUUCAACUGGAAGCGCUGGUUCUGGCACUAGUACUGCAGCUGCCACUGGUACUGCAGUCGCUGCUGGUCCGACCAAGUCUUCAAACGCAAACAAAAUCGACAUGAUAAAUUUCCCCGGGUCCCUUUCUCUUGCACUGCUUGGCAUGUUUCUAUAGUGGGCACCAUUCGCCUAUACCUGCAGUCUACUCCAUCCGGGUAGUGAGAUCGGUUGCUAUUUGAAAUACGAGUUGCAUCAGUUCGUUUAGUUCAUCUUAAGUUCUGCCUUGUGACAACAUAUAAUCAUAUUGAAAUAGAAGGCUUCAGUAGCAAUACCAAGAAGUACGAUUCGAUUGUGAGGUCGCUGUCCUAAAAGAGAAAAUGAAUAGCCGCCAACUUGUCGGCUACAAGACUGAAGUGCGUUCCUGUAAUCGAAAAGGAUGAUACAAUGUAUCUUAAGCGUUGGUGUUCUUGACGUGAUUUCACCUAUUUCGUAAUGUUAUUGUACAUAGUUCGUCAACAUGCCAAAAA